AUGGUAGCGCAAGGCUCACGGGCCAAGCCCACCAGGCGCUUGAAAAAGGGCACCGAAACCACCAAAUCCCACCGAUGGGAGCCUUUCUCACAGCGCAUCGCGAAGCUCAAAAUCGACCCGAUCCAUCGCGUGCGCCGGGCCAGCUUUGGUGAAGAUGAUGAUGAAACCACAUCCUAUUUUCGGUCAGCCUUGGACCACUGGGUUGAUAUGAAUUUGUCCGAUAAUUUCACACAGUUCGCCCGUCGUGUCAAUUACCUCUCUGAGAGCCUCGCCCAGAUCUUGUACCACGAAGAGAAGAUCAUGGGCUUGUUGGUGGAGUUUAUUGAGAAGAGAGACCAUAACUCUGUUGAGCCUCUGCUGAGCUUACUUGCACAGUUUGCCAGAGACCUAGGAGUUCGUUUCGAGAAGCAUUUUGCCACAGCCGUCACUCUUGUAGCAUCUGUUGCUGCAACACACCCGGACGUCGAGGUUGUCGAAUGGAGUUUUACCUGUCUCGCAUGGAUUUUCAAAUUCUUAUCGCGCCUGCUAGUCCCUGAUCUACGCCAGCUGCUCAGCAUCAUGACUCCAUAUCUCGGCAAGGAGCGACAAAAGCCGUUCGUCGCCCGGUUCGCUGCCGAAUCGAUGUCCUUCCUCAUUCGUAAGGCAGGCCUUGUAUACUACAAGAACAAGUCUCCUCUUGAGAAUGCCGUCUCUUUCCUUUUUGACGAUAUCACAAAGGCCGCCGACGAGGGAAAAAAUGUGGACAGUUAUAAAGAGGGAUUGAUGGUCAUGUUUUCAGAUGCCAUCAAGGGUGUGAACAAUGGGCUCCAUUCCAAUGGAAUUGAUGUCCUCCGUUGUGUCUUGGAUCAAAUCCCCCCGACUAACGAGAACAACCGUGUUCCUUCUGAGGUUGCUUUUGGACUUGUGAUCAACCUCAUCCAUCAUACCACUCCCGACACAUUUGGGCCUAUUCUCGAUACAGUGCGGGAAUAUGUCGAUAUCCGCUCUAAGGAAGCCAAAAACCCUAAUAUUUUCCAAUGUUGUCAUUUGAUCUUUAUUUGUGUGGCAACUCGCAAAGGCUCUAGAGUCCGAGACUGGAAGGCUGUCCACCAGACCCUUGUGUCACUUCUCAAACAAGUGUCUGCCAGUCCUGAUGAGUACCCAGAGGCAAUUCCGAAACUUCUCGCUGCCGUCGCCUACGCUCUCCAGUUAUCGCCAAUGGAUGAAAUGUUGCCUUUCAUGCGCACUCUCAUGGAGCUUGUUUCUGGCGGGCCACUUUCGAAGUACUUCCUGUACUUCUGCAACACAUUUUCUGAGUGGGGCUCAGAGCGCUUUCAAAGCUUGUUGGUACCUUAUUUCCAGAAAUUCAUCAAUUCGUCCUGGAAGGAACAGGAGUGGGAGAUGUGCUUGACGCUACUUCGAUUGAACCAGGCUGGUUGUAUUACACCAGAAACUGCCAAGCCGGGUUUUGUUUCUUGUCCAGAUGACUUGAAGUCUCGUAUCUAUGACUCCUUGGAGUAUCCAACGAAGGAUCAAAAUAUUCUCAACGCCCUAGUGAAGCUUCCAAAGGCAGUUUCCCUGUUUGCAGAUUCCACCACCCUUUCGACUGUUCUCACGAAGCUGCAUUCCAGCCUAACAUCUGCACUGCAAGAUGCUAGUUCCGAGCUAGUCAACGAAAAGACCGAUGGUCUGGUUUUCUAUCUCGGUCAAGGGUUCAAAACUUAUGUCGAUUUGGCGAAGCGGGCUGGUGAGCUUGAUUCCAAUCUCUGGCAAGCAGUCCUCUCGGCUUCUACCAACUUUUCCCGUCUUCCCCUCUUCCUGGAAGGAGUCCUUGCUUUCGUUUCCUCGAUGGACGCAUUGGAUUUGAAAAAUUCCCCGGUGGACGAAUUUGCAUCCAAGUUGAUCCUCAAUCUGGCUAGUCCAUCGCACCGAUUGAGACUUGUUUCGCUUCAAAUUCUGGAACAGCUGAUAUUCCGAGUUGCGGAUGAAGAUUCCUCUCCAGUCGCUUUGGCCAUUGAGGUUGAAGAGAGCGAACUGACCCUACAGACUGCGAGGACACUUUCAAUGAACAUUCGCAAACUGGCCCUCCUUUACCCUCAGGUUGCUUCUCGCAGGUGGAUGGCUAGCCUGAUCCCCUACUUCUGCUUUGGACUAUUCUCCAAGAAACUAGCCCAGCUGUGGGAUGAUUCCGCGGCUGCCUUGAAGACUAUCAGCGAGCACCCGGAGGGAGAGAAGAUUGUUUCAGACUUGUCCAUCCAGUGGCUUCAGGAGCGGGACUCGGAUGCUGCUGGGGACGAUUCAACAAACGAUGGAGAUGAAAACUCAUUUGUCUCGAGCAACUUCGAGUGUUUCAACGUUGGCAAGGCCGAGAGCGUUAUCGCUACUAAUCUGAAGGUUAGCCAGGCUCCUUCAAUCGCUUUGUUCCAGCAAUUUCAACAAGAUCAUAUCAUUGCCGAUCUUGUGCCUGGAUUUCCUCGCAGUCAUGCUCUGCGCGUGUUGAAUGCAGCUCCAAAUGUCGCUGAAAAGCGCUCGCGCCAAAUUGUACCCCUGUUCUUAUCCUGGGCACUUCGUGAUGACCAAGAUGAUGCCCCUCCCAGUAAGGAUACGAAGACCGGGGAUGACAGUCCUGACGACAUGCAAAUUCGAUGGGGUUUCCGAGAUCGCCUGUCCAUGCUUGCUUUAUUCGGACAGUUUCUCAAUCCUAAGGUGCUCUUCAGGACCUCGGAAGUUUACGACGCCGUGUUGGGUCUACUUUGCCAUGGUAAUUCUGAAAUUCAAAAAUCUGCUCUCAAAGCACUCUUUACCUGGAAGAACUCGCACAUCCUCCCAUAUCAAGAGAAUCUGUUGAACAUCCUGGAUGAGUCUAGAUUCAAGGAUGAGCUGGCUGUCUUUGUUCGCGUUGGUGGCGAGGACAGCUUGAUCGAACAGGAGCAUCGCCCUGUUCUACUACCCGUGCUUCUUCGGUUGCUGUAUGGCCGCAUGAUUUCGAAGGCAGGCGCUAGCUCCAACCAAGGUGGUCAAACCGGAAGACGCAAAGCCAUCCUCCGGACGCUGUCUCACCUUUCUGAAGAGGACUUCGGACUCUUCAUUCAUCUCUCAUUUGGGUCUCUCGCGGAUGUCGCCGUUGGAAAGGAUGGAGACCAUGAUGAAAAAGUCUUCUCGGAGGAGCUUCUCAGCCCAAGAAGACAACUUGGUUUGCUGAAGAUGAUCGAUACCGUUUUUGAUACCCUCCAGAGUCGUAUGGCGCCUUACUCCAUUCAGACAAUGAAUGUUAUCAUGUAUUGUUUGGUACGAGCAUGCAGGGCUCUGUACAAUGAGAAGAAUCCAAUCUACGUCGAUCGCGAUGACGAGCGAAUUUUGGCUGUGUACCAGAGCAUUCGCCAGGAAUCUAUCCGUUGCCUUAACUUGGUCUUCUCAGUUUCCUCUGAUCUUGAUUGGACCCCUUAUGUCCGCUUAAUUUUUGACGAGUUGAUCAACAAUAGGCUGGAGCAGUUCCCUAUCGAGACUGCUCAGGGUGUCUCGGGAAUGCUUCGUCUCUUCCACACCUGGGCCUCCUCCCCCAAAUCCGCUUUCUAUUUGGUUCAACACAACAAAGAAGUCUUGACCAAGGUCAUCGACUGCCUUGGAAUUGAAUCCGCACGCGAUGAAGUCAAAAUAUUUGUGCUAGAUGAGGUCCUUGUGCCUUUGGUUCAGCUAGCCAAUGGGAAGAAGCCAACGAAUGAUGAUGAAGAGGAUGAAGAUAAAGUCAUGUCCGAUAUCCCAGCAGAACAAAUUCGAACUGAAGUUCUUUCUGAUUAUUUGGAACAUGCGCUCUCCCAUCUCGGUCGACUUUUAAAGAGAGGCCCGUCCAAACCUGUUCUGUUCUCCGGGGUCAAUGCUCUGUCGCUGAUUGCGCCCUGCGUUGAAUCCUCUGGUGAGACAUCUAGCCUCAUCAGUAUUACGACUUACCUACUCCGCCAGCCUCCCGACCGUGUCAGCCCUAAGACUAAGUCUGGUCUUUUGCGAAUUCUUGAGCAUUUCUUGCCUCUGUAUAACCCUGAAGAGGAUGCUGAACUUUCCCAAAAGGUUUUUGAGGCCGUGUCCUCUAUGUUUGAUUAUUUCAAGGAUGAUGUGAAUCGAGAAGUUUUGGCAAGAGUUUUCUCUGCACUUGCUUCCCACGACAAGGAGCUUGUGGAGGUUGCUGAGUUAUGUGCAGACCUCAAUUCGCGCUCGAUCAGGAGGCUUGAGCCUGAUUAUGAGCGUCGUCUUAGGGCCUUUAUAAAAAUCAACGAGGAGCUAUCCCAAACCUUCAAUGCGAAGCAAUGGAGACCGAUUCUUUUCAACAUGCUCUUCCAUGUCAGAGACGAAGAGGAGCUGUCUACUCGGGCCAGCGCCUCUCUUGGUGUGAAGCGUUUCAUUGAAAGAGCGGCAUCUGAGACCGAAUCAGAGGGGUUUGAAACACUGGUGAAUGAUGUGCUGCUCCCCUCAAUGCAAUACGGCAUUCGUCAAAAAUCAGAAUUAAUCCGCUCAGAGGUGAUUACCAACUUUGGUUACUUUGUCAAGAUGAAUCCCACUAGACCUUCCGUGCAGGAUCUACAUGUCCUUCUGGUUGGCGAUGAUGAAGAGGCUUCUUUCUUCAACAACAUCCUUCACAUUCAGCAACAUCGUCGAAUGAGAGCUUUACGUCGACUGGCUGGAGAGGCCACUAAAGGCAAAAUCCAAUCUUCCAACCUUGGAACUAUCUUCCUUCCCCUUAUCGAACACUUCGCUUUCGAGGAGGCAGAGAAUGAAAGUGGUCAUAAUCUAAUUGCAGAGUCACUCGCCACCAUUGGGUCUUUAGCAGAGUGGUUGGACUGGGCCCAGUUCCGUGCCACCUUCCGACGAUACCGCGGAUAUAUGCAGAGCAAGCCUGAUAUGGAGAAGAACAUUCUCAGACUUCUGGGCCGGAUGUCCGAUGCCCUUACUAAUGCAAUGGAUCAAAAGAAGACGGCUUCCGAGCAGGCUAAUGACGAUACGGAUAAGAUGGAUCUUUCCGAGAAGUGCACGCUCGCCAAGAGCGCCCCUUCUAUCGCAAAGGUUUCCACCGAGCUGACCACCAACUUCAUUCCAUUCUUGACCGAUUUUAUUCACCACAAGCAGGAGACUGAAAUGAGCUUGCGUCUGCCUGCCGCAGUCACAACGGUCAAGCUUCUUAAAAUCCUCCCCGAGGAAGAUAUGGCUAUUCGUCUGCCACCGGUCCUUCUGGAUGUCUGCAGUAUCCUCAAGAGCAAGGCCCAAGACUCCCGUGACACUGCGCGGAAAACACUCAAUGACAUUGCAAUCUUGCUUGGCCCCGUUUACUUUGGCUACAUUCUGAAAGAGCUGCGGAACACCCUUCUGCGCGGUUACCAGCUGCACGUGCUGUCAUUCACUGUCCACUCGAUGCUCGUCACGACGACGGAUCAAUUUAAGCAGGGCGACCUAGAUUACUGCGUGGCAGAGCUGGUGGCAGUUGUGAUGGAUGAUAUUUUUGGCACUGUUGGCCAAGAAAAGGAAGCCGAGGACUAUGUCAGCAAGAUGAAGGAAGUGAAGAGCAGCAAAAGUUACGAUUCGAUGGAGCUGCUUGCCAAAAAUUCAACCAUCGGCCAUCUAUCAGGUCUCGUUCGGCCCCUUCAAGCACUUCUACGGGAGAAGCUCAACUCGAAUAUUGUCAAGAAGAUUGAUGAACUCAUGAGAAGAAUUGGUAUUGGUCUUCUGAGGAACCCCGGUGCCGAAAGCCGUGACCUUCUGGUAUUCUGUUAUGAAGUCAUCAAGGAGUCUUAUCAGGAUAACGUAUCGACUGAUAAAAACACCCAUCGCAAGUCUGAAAUUGAAGAGCGGUUCCUGGUAAGAUUACAGGGAGCCAAACGGGGCGAGAAGCGAGGCACCACUUCUUCUCAUGUCUAUAAGUUGACACGAUUUGCCCUCGACGUCAUGCGUGCUGUUCUCAAUAAGUUCGGUUCUCUCUUGACGGCCGGCAAUCUCUCUGGGUUUCUUCCCAUCAUCGGCGAUGCACUGGUCCAGGCUCAUGAGGAAGUAAAGACUUCUUCUAUGCGACUCUUAUCGACCAUCAUCAAACUUCCGCUUCCGGAAAUUGACAGUAACUCUCAUGUCUAUUUCACUGAGGCCGUGAAGAUGAUCAAAGAGUCCCCGAGCACCAACAGUGAAGCUGCGCAGGCAUCACUGAAGUUGAUCUCGGCCAUACUCCGUGAGCGAAAGAGCACCAAGCUUCGUGAUGGACAUCUUGCAUACCUUCUCCAGCGCCUGGCUUCCGAUAUCGAGGAACCUGACCGCCAAGGUGUAACUUUCAACUUCAUUCGCGCUGUUAUGUCACGAAAGUUCAUUGUACCUGAGAUGUAUGAACUGGUAGACCAAAUCGCGAAGAUGAUGGUCACUAACCAGACACGUUCCGCGCGUGACCUUGCUCGAGGUACAUAUAUCCACUUCCUGAUCGAAUACCCUCAAGCCAAGAGCCGCUGGUCCAAACAGCUCGGGUUCCUUGCAAAGAACUUGGAAUAUAAGCAUCAGGAGGGGCGUCAAUCAGUCUUAGAAGCCGUGCAUCUGUUACUUUCGAAGACUGGUCCGGAGCUCGCACAAGACAUCAUCAGCACGUUUUUCCUUCCUGUUGUUCUCUCAAUGGCCAAUGACGAGUCAUCGGAGUGUCGUGAAAUGGCCGGUGCGCUGUUGAGUCAGCUUUACAGUCGAGCUGAUAGGGAACAGAUGAAAACCAUCUUGAUCCCCAUUCACACAUGGCUUGAACAGACCGACAACAUGGCACUCGGAAGCAUUGGUUUGCAGGCUAUGCGAAUUUUCUUCGAGGCGGAGGAAACGGAGAAAGACAAAGAAGGCCGUUUUGUCGUUGGCAUAUUACCAGACUUGAUGCAAUCAGUUCUUGAUGAUCAAGAGGACGGAAAUUGGGAGACCCUUUAUUUUGCUUUGCAACUUUUCACAAAGCUUUGCAAGACAGUGCCGACACUUGCACUCAGCCUGGAAUGCGCGCCCAUUUGGGCAGCUAUUCAAGAGUCACUAUUCUUCCCUCACGCCUGGGUCAAGACAUGCGCUGCUAACCUUGUUGGAAUGUGGUUGGCCGAUGUGGCAAAGACAAAUGCUGCGGCUGGCUAUGUCUCCAUACCUUUGAAGGGUAGCUCGGGUCUUGUCCUAGACAAAGAGGCCAUGUUGAAGCUUCUCCGCGCUAGUCUUCGAUCUCUUCGUACUCCGGGAAUUUCUGAGGAGCUGGCAAUGCAAAGCGUCCGAAAUCUUGUCUUCCUUGGUAGAUGUUGUGCCCAAAAUGGCCUCGAGUUCCAAAAGACUGAUGCUGAAGACGCUGACUCCGAACCGGAGGAUGAGGAGGAUACCGGAAGCGUGAUCAAUGACGAGGAUGAAAGUGCAGCAAGUGGCAUAAGAUCAACCAAGUCAGCCAUUCGUUAUAUCUUCUGGCAGAUCUCUUCCCUUUUGCGCCGAGAGGUUAUUUCAACUAGAGCAGAUGCUCUUAUCCCGAAAACUGCCUCUAUUGCGCUCCUUGGCUCGCUCGUUCGUCACCUUGAAGCAGAGCAAAUCCAGCCAUCACUGUCUAUUAUCCUGCUUCCCUUGCAGCACCUAACCGAUUCCUCCAUUCCGGCUCCUCGGUCUUCGGACGAGACAUUCCAGAACACAUACAAGGCUAUCGUUGCCAACUCCCAUGAGGUCCUCGACUCCUUGCAAAAGAAGCUUGGCACCACCGAGUACAUCAGUGAGAUGACCAAGGUCCAAAAUGAAGUUAAGGAGCGUCGUGAAGGCCGACGGGCCAAGCGUCGUAUUGAAGCUGUUGCCGAACCUGAGCGAUUUGAGCGUGACAAGAGGAGACGAAACGACCGGAAGAGAGAGAAGCGUCGUGAGAAGGGUCUGGAGCACCGUGGCAAAAGACGUGGUUGGUAG